UACUGUUUCGUAGCUCGUUGUUAUUAUUAAUUUUAUGGAUUCCACUCACCGUACUUAAUGAACGCCUCACUGAAUUCCGCGGGCGGAAAGCGGCAGCUGCGCUUCCGCGGUGACCUCACCGGCAGCCGAGUGGAGGAGCUGCAUCAUCAGCAGGAGGAGAUCAAGCACAAGGCACCGCUCGCCCAGGAUGACGUUGCAGCGACGCCGACUGCGACGCAGGGAGCCGGGGCAGCGCAGCAGCGUCUGCAUAGCGGACCCACGGAGACCUGCACGAACACCUUCUUCGACUUCUUCAAGGUGGAGAUGACCCGGGGCUAUAUGCUGGAGCACGAUGAGGAGCGCUAUUCGGCGCGGCGGCAGAAGAUCUACAGCUUCAUGCGGAUACCGCGGGAUCUGGAGCGGUUCAUGGUCUACGGGAUCAUGCAGUGUGCCGACUCCUUCCUCUACAUCCACACCUUUCUGCCCGUCCGCUUUGUGAUGGCCAUUUGGGCCCUGGUUUCCAGGACGGUGGCGCGGAUCUUUCGCCUUCGCAGCAGUGGACAAAGGCUUCUAUCGCCGGCGGAAAUCUGUGAUCUGCUCAAGGGCUUCAUCUGGAUGACGGUGACGCUAAUAAUGCUCCUGGUGGACACGAAUCGAGUGUACCACAUCAUCAAGUCGCAGUCUAUUAUUAAGCUGUAUAUAUUCUAUAAUAUGCUGGAGGUGGGCGACCGUCUUUUGUCCGCCUUUGGCCAGGAUACCAUCGAUGCUCUCUUCUGGACGGCCACCGAACCAAAGAACUCGAAGAGGGAACAUUUUGGCGUACUCACGCAUGUUCUCUUUACUCUGAUCUAUGUGUUUUUGCACAGCGGACUUAUUAUGUUUCAGGCCACCUGUUUGAAUGUGGCUGUGAACUCGAACAACAAGGGCCUGCUGACCAUCAUGAUAUCGAACAACUUUGUGGAGCUCAAGGGUGCGGUGUUCAAGAAGUUCGACAAGAACAACCUGUUCCAGUUGACCUGCAGCGAUGUGCGGGAGCGCUUCCAUUUAUCAGUGUUGCUGUUCAUUGUGGUCAUUCAGACCAUGAAGGAGUUCGACUGGAGCAUCACCCAGUUCUGCGUGAUGCUGCCCGACUGCUUUGCAGUGCUCUUUACGGAAAUCCUAAUCGAUUGGGUGAAGCAUGCGUUUAUCACGCGAUUCAAUGAGCUGCCCGAGAGCAUUUACCGGGAGUACACGACCAGUUUGGCCUACGACAUGACGCAGACGCGGCAAAAGCACGCUUUUUCGGAUCACUCGGACUUGGUGGCCAGACGCAUGGGCUUCAUACCCUUUCCCCUGGCCGUGGUCUUGAUCAAGGCCAUCUAUACGGCGGUCUCUUUCGAGAACCUGGCCGCCUGGUUACUCUUCCUGCUCGCCUAUCUCUUUGCCAUGGGCUUGCGUAUUUGCCUGACCAUCUGUGCGCUGGGCAAGGCCUGCAAGCUGAUGAAGGAGCAUCAGACAGAGCGGAAUAGUUCUACGCCGAGCAGCAUGACCAAUGUGCCUGUUAUAGGAGCAGCUGCGCCUGUCGCAGCGUCUUCGAUGGGCGGGAAAAAUCACGCGAAUAAUAAUAACAAUAGCAUUGGCUCGAAGCCACCGCAAGUGACGACGCUGUUGACACCGCCCAGUGGCGGCAAUCUGGAUGUGAGUAAGAAUUUCUCCCGCGUCUCUAUUGCCUCCACUUCGACGCCAAAGAAGCACCCGUUCAACGAACAGGAGCUGGAUGUUACCAACUCCCUGGAACUGGGCGCCACAGCUCUGUUCUCCAACAGCGAUGUGGAUCUGGAUGAUGUUUGUCUCAACGAGCAGGUGACCAACACCAAUGCGAGUUCCGCCACCCAGGAGGUUUACCAGGAGCAGGAUCUCGUGCGCAGCCAGCCGGAUCUGAUGCUGCUCAACGAUUCCGGCGGCGGCGGAGAGGCAAGCUUGAAGGCCAAGCAGGCCACCCAGCGUCUGCCAAAGCGAACGCACAAGCGAUCCGAAUCGGAACCGGGCAUUCCCAGCAUGGUGGAAAAGGGAACGACCUCCGGAAUCGCGGGCGGCAACCAAACGACACAGCUGUAGCCAUAAAUCGAUGCUUUUUUUUAAUUAUAAGUGUGAAUGGAUUUAAAAUGUAUUUUAGAUUAUAGCUCAAGAAAUGUUCUCUCUAGAAUAUCAGAAUGUGCCUCAAAA